CGCUAUAGCUUCAGUUGCUCACUGACAAGUGCCCAGUGCAAAGCUUUACGCGCAUUGUGAACAAAACCAAGUGGAAAAAUAAACAAUUGUACAAUCAAUUGCAAGCUAAACAAAACCAUAUAUUAUUUAUUAAAUAUAUACACGCACAAAUAUCAAACUCAAUAUGUACGCGGAAAAAGUUUGUGUCGCAUUCGCGUUCAUCGCCUGUCUCGUCUGCAUUGCUGAAGCGGCUGUCUACACGCAGCCCGCUUUGCUUCAUCCUGCUCACCCCGGCAAAUGCUACGACAAGCUGACCAGACGCUCGAUGCUGCCCGACAAGGAGUACAAGCCGAAGGGCAUCUGCGCCGCCAUGACGUGCGACAUUGAGGCGCGUCAGAUCAAUAUCGAGACCUGUCCCUACAUCGAGAUGCCCGGCUGCGAGGAGCUGCCCAGCGACCUCAACUGGAGCUUCCCCAAAUGCUGUCCGCAGUUCAAGUGCGUCGACUUCAAGACCGGCAAGGAAUUCGUCGUCUCCGUUUAAGUGCCCCACACAGCAGUGGAGCGCAACUCUCAACAACGGGCAAGGGGAGAAAGCAGGGAGCGGGCCUGUACCUAAAACGUGAUUUUACAUAAAAUGUAUUCGUAGUUCUCUAGUUAUUCCGACUGUGUGUAUGAGUGGGCUAGUUCAUAAGUCAGUUUGUUUGUUUGUUUGUUUGUGUCGAGUGAAUGUUCCCAUUAAGCAGCCGUAAUUUAUUUAUUAUUCUAAUUGUACAUACAUCUGUGUCUGAUUUGUAUCUCUACUCUACUCAUGUUUCA